UCUAGAUUUCCCCCCGGGCUGCUGCUGAGGUGGGGGUGGGGGGCAGCAGGUAUAAGAGGAUGAUGGUGUGCCAGUGGGGGAGCAGAUGGCAGCAUGGAUUCCAAGCGGGCUGCUGUGCUGCUGCUGCUGCUGCUGCUGCUGCUGCUGCGGCUGGACUGGGGCCACACUGAAGAGCCAGGGAGCCGGGGCGGAGACCAGGUCUUCUCAGAAGAAGAAAAGGGACCCCACCCACCACAACAUGCCCAGACUCCUGGGUUUCUCUUGCGCUUUCUCCUCCAUGCCGGGGAGAGAACUGGUAGGAGCCCAGGCUUCCUGUUUCAGCCCCAGAGGUUUGGCAGGAAUGCCUGGGGGUCCUGGAGUAAGGAGCAGCUGAGUCCCCAAGCAGAAAAGUUCUGGAGCCUGGCUGCCCCUCAGCGCUUUGGGAAGAAGUAGCAUCAUCCCCUGUAAGAUGUCUGCAUGCAAAGUCACCCCAUGUGCCACGUGUAACCCCAAAUAAAAUGAAUCCAUGUUUGGACAAGACUUUAAGGGAAUGUUUGGGAGCCCAAGGGCAGUAGCGGUAGCCCCCUUCACCUCCACUCAGUAAAACAAGCAUUGUGCUCAAAGGGUCCCCAAGGCUACUGCACGUAGCCCCCUGCCUAAAGCAAAAACAACAGGGAGCGCAGAGCAAGAAGAAACAUACCAUAUUUAUUCCUAACACUCUCAAGACCCAGGGCCAGAGAGAGCAG